CGGCUGGAGCAGCUGCAGGCGCAGAUGAGGAGGAACCAGGAGCAGCUGAUCGAGUUUGAGAACAGCAUCGACAACCUCUUCGUCCACCUCCACAGCAUCACCAUGCCCGACCAGGGGGACUCUCCCCGGCCCGUGGGGUUGGAGGAGAAGCUCAAGCAGUGUGAGGAGAAGCUGCAUUACCUGAAGCAGAGGGUGUCCGACCGCCCCCCCAGCGCCCAGACCUACGACAAGCACAGUGAGAUUUUUGGGAAGGUCAGAAACCUCCUGGAGAAAUCAACUGCGGCUGAGGCACAGAACCUGAAGAUCUCCUUUGAGGAUGUGGGCACUGCAUUCCACGUGUCCUUGGAUCUGGAAGAAGAAGAGCAGGACUACAUCCCGAGCCGGGCAGACAUCAAGAAGCAGGGGCAGCAGCUGGUCAGGAUGAACACCAAACGCCGCAAAAGGAAGUAGCUUUGGGAGCCCCAGGCCACCCCUCGUGCCCUUUCCCCAGCAGGUUUAUUAAAGCAGAUCUUCUUCAUUCCUCCCAGUUCUGUGGCAAAGCUGGAA